AUGCACGGAAAAAAGGUAGAAGAUGCCUUAUGGCAAAAAGCAACGAAAAAUUCGAAGGACAGAGAUAGUUUAAGUGGCGGAGGAGCAAUGCGAAUCUUAGUACAGCAUGCAAGUUUAAGACUGAAAAGCCUUUCUCAAACUCAUUGGUCUGCUCGACAUGAUGCUUGUUACGCAUUAGAAAAAGAGUGGUCUGGCACAAUUAUUGCAUUGAAAUUUAUUGCCGAAAACAAAUAUGAAAAACCUACAACACGGUGUCAGGCUAGGGGAUUGCUGCAAAAAUUACAGCAUUUGGAAACAGCAAUACUAGUCGUUGUUUGGAAUGCAAAUUUGAAACGCUUCAAUGCUGCUAGUAAAAAAUUUCAAGACUCAAAAUCUAAUUUAUCAUCUGUUUCACAAAUGUAUAGUCCUUUGGCAUUAUUUUUACAGAACAUGAGAGAUAAACAAUUUUCUGAAUUCGAGGAAAAAGCCAAUGCACUUUCUGGGGUAAAAAACUAUUAUCAUGACAACCAUCGUAAAAGAACCCAAAAAUUUCAGGCAGACAAGUCACAAGAGCAUGAGAAUACUUUAAGUGUUCAAUUGGCAGGCCGUAAAAGUGCUUAUCAUACGCUCUAUGAAAAAUUUAAUAUUUUUGACCAUUUGUCUGAAAUGGAAACUAGAGAAUUAAAAAUUCGGGCAGAUGAGUUAGUCACAAAGUAUGCUGAAGAUUUGGAAGAAACAUUAGGAAAUGAAUGCAUUCAUUUACAACACCUACUCAUAGAAUCUUUUUCAAGUAAGGAAGAUGUUCGUUCCACUCAAGGAAUAUAUAAUUUUUUGCAUUCUAAUAAUCUUCGUGAAGUUUAUCCAAAUAUAGACAUUGCUUUACGGAUCUUUUUGAGUAUUCCUGUCACAAAUUGUUCAGGAGAAAGGUCUUUUUCUACUUUGAAAAGGGUAAAAACAUAUUUACGAGCAAGUAUGGGUCAAGAUAGACUAGUGCUUUAG